AUGCUAGGUUCAUACAGAGUGAAAAGUGCUCUAAAGCUGCCAAAUAGGAAUAUCAGAUAUAGUGGCUCAUCCUAUCUGCGGUUUUCCACCAGCGUGGUACGUUUGGCGAGCUCUGAUGAAAUCAAUCUAAGUUCAUUAGAUGCUAAAUGGACUGCAAAAUGGAAGUCUAUAUCACCAAAUAAUACAAUUUCACCUGUGGAAAAAAAGUUCAACAAUACAGAUGAGAAGAAAUACAUUUUAUCUCAGUUUCCGUAUCCUUCUGGAAUCCUUCAUAUGGGUCAUUUAAGGGUUUACACAAUCAGUGAUGCAUUAUCAAGAUUUCAUAGAGCUAGAGGAACUAAUGUGAUACAUCCAAUGGGGUGGGAUGCAUUUGGGCUACCGGCUGAAAAUGCUGCUGUUGAAAGAGGAAUUGAUCCAGCCCAUUGGACCAAAACAAAUAUUGCCAAAAUGAAGGAACAAAUGAAUAUGAUGUUGGCAGAUUUUGAUUGGGAUCGCGAACUUACAACAUGUAAUCCAGAUUAUUAUAAAUGGACUCAAAAGAUAUUCUUACUUUUAUACGAAGAAGGUUUAGCUUACCAGAAAGAAGCAGAAAUUAACUGGGAUCCAGUUGAUAAAACAGUGCUAGCAAAUGAACAAGUGGAUGCAGAAGGCAGAUCAUGGAGAUCUGGUGCUAUUGUACAAAAGAUUAUGCUGAAGCAGUGGUUUCUUGGGAUUACUGAAUUUGCAAGUGACUUGAAUACAGAUCUUCAGAUCCUUGAUGGCUGGCCUGCUAAGGUAAAAUCAAUGCAAAAACAUUGGAUUGGUGAGUCCAAAGGCUCCGAGCUUCAGUUUAAUACAAACGAUCCUCGUUUUACUAUUAAAGCUUUUACAACAAGACCAGAAACAAUCUACAGUGUUCAGUACGUUGCACUUUCAUUAGAUAAUGAUAUUACAAGACAAUUUGCCCAAAAUGACACCCAGCUUCAAAAAUUCAUUCAAUCCGCAACUGAGCUAAGUGAAGAUUCCAAGGCAGGCUAUGAAAUUCCUAACUUUAAAGUUCAAAAUCCAAUGGGCGGUGAGUUCGACUUGCCAGUCUUUGUUGCUGCUUAUGUGAUAGGAAACUAUGGUCAUGGUGCUGUUAUGGGAUGCCCUGGACAUGAUACUCGUGAUUUUGAAUUUUGGAAGGAAAAUAAACCUACAGCUCAAGUUAUAAAAUCUGUUUCUCCUUUACCAGGAAAUGAAGUUGAUGAAUCAGGUCCUUUCACAAGCAAGAAAGGUGUCAUGAAUUCAUAUGCUGGAACUUAUUCUGGUUUGACAACUGCCGAAGCUUCCAAAAAGAUUAUGGAAUCGUUAUCAGAAAAGAAACUAGGAAAAUAUUCCCGUCAGUAUAAAAUCAGGGAUUGGUUAAUCAGCAGACAAAGAUACUGGGGUGCACCAAUUCCAAUUGUUCAUUGUGAUUCAUGUGGUCCUGUUGCUGUACCAGAAGAACAACUACCUGUUUUGUUGCCUGAAGAUGCUAAAAUCACUGGUAAAGGUAACCCAUUAGAACAAAUGGAUUCUUUUGUUAAUACAACCUGUCCAAGCUGUGGUGGAGCUGCAAAGCGUGAAACAGAUACAAUGGAUACCUUUAUGGAUAGUUCGUGGUACUUUUUACGUUUCACUGAUGCUAAAAACACCAAUAAACCAUUUGAUUUCGAAAAGGCAAGUGCCCUAUCACCAGUUGAUGUCUACAUUGGAGGUGUUGAGCAUGCUAUUUUACACUUGUUAUAUUCCCGUUUCAUUGCCAAGUUUUUAGCAAAAAAAGGUUUAUGGGAUGGUUCAAAAGUUAACGGAGAACCAUUCAAAAGAUUGGUGACUCAAGGUAUGGUGCACGGUAUAACUUUCAAUGACCCACGUACUGGAAGAUUCCUGAAACCUGAUGAGCUAGAUUUAUCAACUCCCUCGGAGCCUAUUAUUAAAGCUACCGGUGAAACUCCAUCUAUUUCUUACCAAAAAAUGUCUAAAUCAAAGUUUAAUGGUGCUGAUCCUGGUGAAUGUAUCAAGAACCAUGGUGCCGAUGCUACAAGAGCCCAUAUUUUAUUCCAAGCUCCUAUAAAUGAUGUGUUGGAUUGGGAUGAAACAAAAAUUGUUGGUAUUGAAAGAUGGUUACGUCGUAUGAUAUCAAUGAGUUUUCCAAUUGCUACUAAAUAUAAAUCAGAAAAGGGAAAAGUUAAUGGAGAAUUGAAUGAUAAAGAAAUUGCUUUCCAUAACUCUGUUCAAUCACAUUUGAAAUCAAUCACUGAAUCGCUAGAUAAAACUUUGUCAUUGAAUACUGUUGUGUCGGAUUAUAUGAAAUUAACUCGUGAUGUUCUAGAAGCUUUUGAAAACAAGGAUGUUCGAAUCGAUUUAGUCUAUGAUUCUUUCAAAAAAUUAGUGAUUUCAACUUCUCCAGUUACACCAUGCUCAAGUGAAGAAUCUUGGGAAAUCUUGCACAAAACAAUGGAAUUACCCUGGUCUACUGUAUUUGCUGAGAAAUGGCCUGAAGCUGAACCAUUGAAAGAAACAAAGUUGACCAAAUUCUCUGUGUUUAUUGAUGGUAAAGUUAGGGAUAUAAUUGAGGCGGACAAGGACCUAUUCAAAAACUCAGAUGCAGCUCAAACAAAGAUUCUUGAAUCACCGGCUGUCCAAAAGCACUUGAAUGGUAAAACAAUUGCAAGAUUAAUCUUAAAACCAAAGACAAUCAUUGUUGUCUCUAAUAAAAAAUGA